GAAGUGUAAUAUGACUCCGACACAACUCUGUUUUUUCCCCUUGUGUUGAUCUGCAUCUGCUCAUGUAUCUCGUCAAACCAGUUUGUCAUAAGAAAAAAAAUGUCAGAACACUGACUGCAGCAGAAUUAAUGCCUCACUUCUUUUUUAUACAAACUAAGUAAUAAAGUCAAGUACCUGCGCUCGUUCCAACAACUCUGUUUUCUUUUUCUUAUUGUUACUGAGAAUUUUCCUGCUGGGUGAUCAAGGAGAGUCAGAGGCAGCUUUUGACGGGACACGAAGAAACAUGUUUGAUGGGCGGGAAAAGUGACUCACCCGAGUAACGACAUGCACGGUGAUUGGCUGCAGACGCAGUCAAUCAUCACAGGUGUGGCGGCGGGGAGCAGGCGCAUCUCACGAAGGAGUUUCGACGCCGCAUUGAGUCAAGGUGUUUUCGGUUCUUCUUCUUUUUUAAUGAAAUAAGUGCUCAAAAAAUAGAGGAGCAAGUUGAAUUUGGUUGAAUGAACUACAACCUUCGCUAUGAAGAGGAGCAUGCUUACCUUUGUGCUUCUGUGUGUAGUGUGGUUACAUGUUGAAGCCAUUAAUGUGGACAUUCCUCAGUCAACGUACGAGGUUGCCAGAGAUCGCAACACCACAAUACCCUGUACAUUUACAACAACAGUCCAACCCCCAAAAUCAGGUGUCAUCACCUGGUCCAGGAGGCCCACAGAUUCCACGGAUCCCAAUGUUCCGUUUGAAACAAUUUUGACCUUCUAUUAUCCCGACAAUAGCUAUGAUUUGUCAGCAGGAUUUGAUCCAAAUCGGUUUUCCCUCAAUGUGGAUUUUCUGAAGGGCAAGGCUGACCUUCUCAUCAAUUUCCUCAAACUAGAAGACAGCACGACCUAUGAGUGUACUGCCCAGAUUCAAAGGGAUACAACAGGCAAGAAUGUGGAUACAGCAAAUUUGGUGGUUUUGGUGGCUCCAUCUGAACCCAUCUGUAAGGUGGAGGGAAAGACUGAGUACGGCCAGAACAUCAAUCUCACCUGUUUGUCUAAAGAAGCUUCUCCCGCUCCCGCAUAUAAAUGGCAAAGUCAUGAUGUUCAGAACAAUCUUCGUCCUCUAGACCCCAAAUCUACUGUCAAGGGGGGUGUUUUAAGUCUUUUUAACAUCAGCAGAGACACGUCGGGAUUCUACAUCUGCACUUCCACCAACAAAGUUGGCACUGCUACAUGCAACAUGACGGUCUCAAUCAUGCCACCAUCCAUGAACAUUGGCAGUACUGCAGGAAUCAUUGGUGGAGUUGCUGCCUUUUUGAUUCUACUCGUGAUCGUCAUUUGUUGCUGCUGCCGCUACCGAAAGAAAAAACAGGAGGAAGGCCAUCAGAUGGGAAGUCUUGAGGAGUACAAGGACAAAGAUCCAGAGGGGAAUGAUGAAACACGCCGCCCUGACGGAGAAGAGAGCACACGAGGUUAUAGUGAUUCCAGAGGCCCCGCAGAGCGGCGGGAUAAAUAUGAGGAUAGGAGUGAGCGCAAUGACGACCGCCACUAUGACGACCGUCGCAGUGACUAUGACGACCGCCGCAGUGACUAUGACGACCGCCAUUAUGACGACCGCCGCAGUGACUAUGAUAACCGCCGCAGGGACUAUGACGAUCGUCGUGACUUUGAUGACCAACGUAGCGACUACAGCGACCGCCGUGACAAAUACAGUGAUCGCAAUGAGCGCUACGAUGACGACCGCCGCUAUGAUGAUGACCGCCGUUAUGACGAUCGUAGAGGUCAGCGCUAACACAGUGAUGGCUACCAUCAUCUUUGCAACUUUAGAGGUCAUCAAGCAGGGCAAGAGUAAGACUAUCCAGAAGAUAUGCAUUAAAACCAACUCCUUUAUCUUGCAUUCACUGGGUAUGCAGAUGAUUACUUUUAUUGAUCUACAUCACAACUACUAAAAAAAAUAAUGAAAUGAUGUCUACUACAUUUUAGAACUUUCUAAGUUCUUCAGAAUAAUCUGCAAUGUCUUCAGCUCCACACCAGUCAUUUGAGAUUGAAGACCUUUGAGAAGAGAUGAAACAAUAAGAACAAACCUCAAUCCCAUUUGGCUUGAUUUCAGGUUUUUGGAUAAACUUGUCUGUGACUAUUGUUGUAUAGGGGGAAACUAUUUCUGUAGGACUAAAUAUGGCCAAGGAUGACAUUGUAAAUACAUUUUUAUUUCUAUACUAUACUUUUGAUAAAAUAGCAUGUAAAUGUUCUUUACAGUAAAAAGGAAAUUGAACUAUGUGUAAUGUUGGUGAUAUCUUCUGGGGACCAUGCAAUGCUGUAUUAGAAUAACUGAUUUACGACUGCGUCUUUUCCAAACAGAAGGACAAUUCUACCUUGUGACCUCCUAAAAUAUUUAACUGUAGAGAAUUUUCAUUGGAUUUUCUUUUAUUUGGAGUGUACAAUAGAAGAGCUGUUUGUAAAUUAUUCUUAUAUCUUUUGAUCUUUAGGUGCUUCUUUUUCCUUUUAUGUGUUUUAAGUUUUAUGCGAGUAUAAUGCCAUUGCAAUUCUGGUAUGAUUGCAUUCCAGUCUUGCACAUUACUUGACACAAGUAAGCCUCAGUGGGAGUUGUGUUUUUAACUUAAAAUGUUUGGUUAUGUCUCUUUUGCAUGUAAAGAUUGAUAUUCUCAGACCUGUUAUUUUCUGGGGUUGGUUACAGGGCCAUUUUACUUUCAUUGUUUUAAUAAAGAUUAUGUUUGAACUUUAA